AUGGCUCAAUCCACCGAGCCGCGGAGGCGGUUCGCUCCCGUCCCGAUCGAGACCACCUUCGAAUCCGUCCGGAAAGGCUCCCAGCAACAGCAGGGACAGCAGCAAGGACAGCAGUCAGGUCCCGCGCCUGAGCCUACACCUGAGCACACUCCGCGAACUCCCUCUCCGAACCCCUUCGAGCAACAGCUGCGCCAGCCACCAAAGCACCAAGAUUCCCGCCAGCUGCCGAAACGCCGCUUCGCUCCCCAGCUUAUCGAGACGUCGAGACGCACCCGAAGAGUAGGAGACGCCGGCCCUGCCACGAGACCGACCGACAAGACCGACAUCACCCCCUACACAAACCAUAUCUAUCUCCAGCGGAACAAGUCGCGAAGGAAAAUAGCCGAUGGCACUUCAUCUCCCGCCUCCCAGACUGUCCAGCGUCAGCCCAAGGGUGCAAGACGAGAGUCCGAGGACGAGAAUGCCGGCACUUACAUGCUGGAAUGGGCCGCCAUGGAGGCUGAAAGGCAGAUGCAGGAGGCUGCUCUGGCUGCUUUCCCCAACAGUCGCCCGCGUGAGGGAGGCGCUGCCCAUUUCUACUUUAGAGAGAGCUCUGGAGAUGAGAGCCCCCCUGAGAGCAUCUCGCCUGGACCCGCGGGACCCUCCAAACCCCGCGCCCGUCACGCCAAUGUGCCCCGUCGCAAGUCUUCCGAUCUGGGAUACUGGCACAAGCACAUGCAAGAGCACGCAGAGAAGCUGGCUGUCGAGAGGGGCGAGCACGCUCCUGUCUUCGACGAGGAGGAUGACGAUACCCAGGACGAUUCGGCCAUCGACAAGAUGGAGCUCGACUCGCCCCCUGAUCCUCUGUGGCUGACCACCACAAGGAACCAUACCGUCGAUGCUGGCUCCCAGGGCCCCAUUGGCGAGAACUUGAUGCCGCUCAUAGCUCCCGCUCCUGUGGCCGCCAAGGAUGCGCCGCAGACCGCGCUGCCCGCGCCCGAGCCGGUGAGCAAGCCCAUUGGUGAAGCUUCAAUGCCUUACGUCCCUCCCUCUUCGGCCAGCAAGCCGGCCAAUGUGCCAGUGGCCAAACCCGCCCAGGUCGUCCCAGAGACAGGUUUCCGCAAUGCCGGCGGCGGCGGAUUCGGCAGGCCCUUCGGAAACUUUGGCCUGCCUGCCGAGACCAGCGAGUUCCGCAAGAUGCGCAAGGCCGCCUCGCCCCCGAUGCUAGGCAAGGACUUGGUCUUUCGAAAGUGCCCCUCGCCGAAGCAGACCAAGCUGGAGCCGGAUCAUCCUUUCUCUGAACUCCCGACCGCCGAGGAGAGAAACAGGGAUACGACGGGAGAAGCCGGCUUGUGGAGGGGUUACUGUUUCCGAAACAGCGAGAGUGAUCAGGCCAUAGUGCCUGCAUCUCUCCAGGGACCCAGAAUGCUGCAUACACCGCUGCCGCCUUCUACACCUGGAGACCCAUUCGCUGCAGCUUUCGGCAAGAGCUCUCUCACGGAUGAGCCCGUCACCUCCGCUACUCUCACGCCGAGCACCGCCGAGCACCGUGUUCGAUCAGGCGAGUUCAAGGGCCUUCACAUGCUGCAUGGCCUGGAGGAACGUCUGAAGCGGGAGAAGGCGCUCGAGGACAAGAUUGCGUCUGAAUUCGACGACACCUUCAUCACGCAGGUGUACAACUACUUAUCUCUGGGAUAUCCCGCCAUGGCUCGCGCUUUCGACGAAGAGCUUUCCAAGAUUUCCCACAUGAGCAUCGAAGACCUGGAGGCAGAUGAUGCUAAGCAGAUGGCGUCCGGGCACCUGAUGGACCCAGCUGAGGCCGAGAUGGCCGAGGAAAACAGAUGCCCGAGAUGGAAGGCCCUCAAGGCUUACAUCUUCGAGUGGGCACGACAGCAUCCCGACUUGGACAGCCUCGACUCCCUAGCGUGGGGUGUGCGAGAGAGGCGAGGCAGUUGGGCCAUUUAG